AUGAAGCCGAGGCACACCCUCCUUUCGCCAGAUCCUUUAAAAUCAAUCACGGUGGCUACUCUUAACUCCUGCAAGCAGAACGACAAGGAUGAUCACUUAUGCAUGCCCAACAGCUGUUAUACCGAUAAAGGUGGAGCCAGAUGGGAAGCUGUUUUCUUCAUCAAAUGCUACAAAGACCAAAUCGCAGGAGCCCAAAUAAAAAGAGACACACUAAAGCCAGCUCAAUAUUUCCGCCGAGAGUCUUUUGCUGAGGUUCAGGAAGUUGGUACUCAAAUUUGGUUCACAUGUCCCUACUCGUAUGAUCACAACGCUCAAAUUAUGAUGGAAGGUGUCUAG